AUGACAAAAGUGACAAAUAGUCAUGGAAAUUUAAGUGUAACACAACAACAGACAGCACCACCAAUAAAUAAGCAAGAUGCGUCGAGUGAUAUUGAAGAACAAAAUGAAGACUGUUAUAAUAAUAACAACAACAAUAGUUAUUUUGGCCGUAAAACCAAUGAUCAAGGAGCGUUGUCAACUAGUAAUAAAAAAUCUGUAACAUUAGAAAGGCUUACAACAAAUCCUUCAUACUCUUCACCCCGAAAAAGUGUUUCACCUACAUAUGAAUUAUCAAAUAAUCAUUACUAUCAUGAAGAUUCUCAACAUAUAGACAAAUCAAUAAGUAACAAUGAUAUGAAUCCUACAAAGCCCGUAAAACCACCACCACAACAAACACGUACACUGGCACAAAUUCGUGAACAACUUGCUCUAAAACGAAAAGAACUAGCAGUUGUUGCUCAGGUGAAGAAAGAAUGUAUUGAAUAUGUUGAUGAAAAUCGAAUGCAUCAUUCAUUUGAAACAAGGCCAACACAGUUGGAAUUAUCGCUUAUGAAGAACAAUCAACAACAUGAAUCUGAAUCACAUAAUAAAAUUAUGAUGUUGACUUCGACAAAAAAUGAAUCAGCAUUUGAAAAUCCGACAAUAAAACAAGAACACAACUUAUUUUCACCAUUUGAAAAUCCGACAAUAAAACAAGAAAACUUAUUUUCAUCAUUCAAGAAAACCGUCAAUUCGUCACCUAAUAAUGAUCCCAUAAUGAUCAACUGUUCAACAGCAACAUUAGUAUCACAACAGAAACAAACAUCAAAUGAAUUAACUGAUUUUGUAUUUAACGACUAUGAUUUAAACGAUCUAAAUAAUUAUCAAUGUUAUACAAAUCCAACUGAAUUUGAUCAAUUUACUGUUUCAAUGUUAGAAGAUCAAUUUGAUAUUGGUACAGACGAUCAAUUAAAUACAACAACAGCAGUUAUAACACAAUCAAAUUCUAAUACAACGAGACAAACAUCAAUUAAUAACGAGCAACAAUUACCUCUACGACGAAAAUCUAGCACAGAAUGUGUCGAUUUUAAUAGUAUAUUACAAGAAUUAAAAUCUGUUGGUGAAACACAUCAAACAGAACAAGAACAAGCUACAUUGAAUAGUUUAAACACCAUGACCAUUCAUCAAGAACCUAUUACCAUUCAAAAUACGGCUGUCAUAAAACAUCUCGAAUCUUCAAUACCGAAUACGAAUCCGACAAUUACGUCGUCGCAGAUCCCCUUAGAAGAUGAUUUCUUCUCAUUUUUAUCCUCUGGUAAUCCUACAACUGUGAACACUUCAACAACAUUAUUACCAAGUAUAAAUACCAUGAUGAUGACAUCGAGUCCUCUUCAACAUCAAUAUUCUACUUCAUCUCUAACAACAACGUCACCCAAACGAAAAGUUCGUAGAUCACCAAAAAAAGCAAAUUCUACUGAUUCAACCACAAUCAUAACCAAGAAUAUUCAAAAAAAAGACCGCCGUUCUACAACUUCAAAAACAACGAAAAAAAAUGCUCAACAAUCGGUAUCGAAUGAUCAAAAUAAUUAUGAUACCAGUAUUGAUCGAUUGUUAAUACAUCAACAACAACCACUUCAUGUUUCCACCAAUGAACAAAUACGUCAAAUGAUUAAAACUGAACAAUCUGGUUUUAAUUGGACAACGUUAGCCGAUGAGCAUAAACAACAACAACAACAACAAACUAUAAAUAAAUCUGAACCCAUGCAAAUUGUAUUACUACCGGAGAAUUUGAAACAAAAUAGUCAACUUUCACCAACAAAACCAUUUUUUAAUUAUACACAGCAACAAAUUAUGAAUACAAUUAAAAAUACUGAACAUCAUUAUAUUACGACAUCGUCACAAAAUAAUAAUCCCAUUAAUAGUAAUGUCAAUAAUGGCCAACUGAAUCAUUUACAAACAACAAAAAAUGCACAAGCACUCGCUCUAAAAGCUGUAGCAAGAAAUCAAUUUGCAAAAAUUAAUUAUCAAGUUCAACAGCAGCAGCAACAGCAGCAACAACAACAACAACAACAGUGUCCGAAUACAAUGGAAAUAGGUUUAUAUGAUAAUAAUUCGUCGUAUGUAUUUCCAUCUCAAUUGAUGGCUAAUACAAUCAAAUCGGAUACAACAACAACAACGACCAUGACAUCUGUUAAUCAUCCAAUAAGUUCACAGUCACGUUUGAUCUCUAAUCAAUCAUUACAACAAAAAGUAUUAACACCAACUUCUCCAAAUACUCUUUCAUUAACAUCUCAACAGCAACAAGUAUUAUUACAAAUAAUUCAUCGUGAUUUAAUUCAACAAAAUGGACAAGUAGACAUGAAUCUUGUACAAAAAUUAUUAAAUUUGAAUGCACAGACAAAAUCAACUGUUCCUUUACAAAAUAUUACACAAAACAAUACAUCUUUGAAUACAACAAUUUCAAAUGAUAUAACAACAACAUGUGAUCAAAUAUCCUAUUGUAAUACGAAUAAAUUUAGUCAACAAAAACCACUAACAACUUCAUCGUUUCAACCUAAACAGAAUACGAAUAAUAAUAUAUUAAAUAUAACAAAUGAUAUAUCGAAAAAAUUUUCAUCAACAAUUAAUGAUAGUAUAACAUCAUCAACAACUAAAGUACAAUAUAAAUGUACGUGUGAUUGUAAAGCAAUGAUUGCAUGUAAAAAAUGUGGUGCCUAUUGUCAUGAUGAAUGUAUUGGACAAACAAAAUUAUGUGCUAAUUGUUUGGUUAUGACUCCGUCUUGA